AUGGCAUCUCUCAAUCUCUCGACCAAUGGGCCGUCCAUAACAAAAAGCUACCAGUCGGUGGUGAACGCUCCAGCCCCAACCGGGCCUGCCGCAGCUUCUCCAACAUAUGGAUCGUGGGCCUUGUUCUCAGUUACAACUCCUCUAGUAAACGCAUUCCAACAAGGCGGUGCUCAGAAGGAGAGUGUACUGAAGGUCCAAAGCACGGGAGAGGGCGAACUAGUAGACCUGAUCGAGGACUUCUCAGAGGGAAAAAUACAAUUCGGCUUCGUCAAAGUGAAAGACCCGAACACCAGCCUACCAAAGCAUGUCCUGAUAGCGUGGUGCGGAGAGGGAGUCCCAGAGCGAACCAAGGGCUACUUCACCAGCCACCUUGCUGCCGUCGCCAAAUUCUUGCAGGGAUACCAUGUUCAAGUUACUGCUCGAUCUGACCGCGACCUCACUCCCGAGAGUAUCAUCCAGAAGGUAGCCGAUGCAUCAGGUGCUAAAUACUCCGGGGAUGCCUCUGUUCCACCGCCAGCUUCCACGAAACCACCAGUGGCCGCAAAGCCAGCCUUUAACCCUACCCGUACCGCUGGCUCGUUCAAACCUACCGUACGAGGUAACUUGCCUGGUCACUCAAAGAAUGAGCCAGUUGACGAGGAUGGCUGGGGAGCGGAUGCACCCCCAGUUACCAGGACACAACUCGAGAAAGUUGAAUCGGCAUACAAGCCUACCAGGGUUAAUAUGAAAGAGCUUGCUUCGCAAAAGACAUCUACUACCUCAGGCCCUGCUGUAGAGCGAGAGGCACCGAGUAACGUAGUCAAGGGUGGAUACCAGCCAAUUGGCAAGGUCGAUAUUGCAGCUAUCAGAAGACAGGCGAAGGAAUCCGGGCAGAACAUCAAUGACCGCCCAGAUGUAGUCAAGGGAGCCUAUCAACCUGUUGGAAAGGUGGAUAUCGCUGCCAUCCGUGCUAAGGCGAAAGGUGAAUCCGGUACCACCCCAAGCUCAAUCUCACCCGCAGCCACCGGAGGCUCUGCUGGUAACGAUGAACAGCCAAAAUCGCUCUCUGAGCGCUCGGCGGCCUUCACUGCUUCAGAAAGGCUGACGAGUCUCCCAAAACCAAAGGUUGCUGCUAAAUUUGGAGCCGCAGCCUCUUUCACUGGAACAAAAGCUCCGCUACCUGGCGGUUUUGAGGCCAAGGCCCCAGCGGCUGCAGCUCCAGUUGGAACUGCCAGUCGAACCUUUGCCGAUCAGGGAGGUAAAACUCCAGCCCAGCUUUGGGCCGAGAAGAAAGCCAAACAAGGCGGCGGUACUGUUAACCCGCCCCACGCUUCGGAAGCACAGCCAAAGGAUACCCAAAAGGGCCAGGAAACAGGAUGGAAGAGUUCGUACACCGGAAAGUCAUGGGCUCCCGUUCAGACAACAAGCACUGGUGCAUCCGUUGGUCAUGCAGAGGCUCAUGACGCUACUGAACAAGAGAAGCACGAAGACCAGCAAGAGGAGCCCCAGACCGGCAACGUUGGCUCUAUUCGGGACCGAUUUGCCCACGCUGCCCCCAUUGGUGUCGCAACCUAUGAACGAGCUGCUCCCUCCCCACCUCCACUUGAUACUAGCAACAAACCGACUGCUAGCCGUGGUGUGCCCAUUCCUGGUCUUUCUCAACCACCCACUGCCCCUGAACCAGCACACGAGGAAACUCAGCGUGCGGUCCCACCUCCACCUCCGGCACCCGUUGAACCAGAGGAGGAGGAGCAGGAGGAAGCUCCCGGUUCACCUAUCCGGGUAGCAAUGCCUGUUGGCCGUGGAGCAGCACACGAUGACCAUCCUGCUGCACCGGAGCAGCCGCCAGCACCAGAUUUUGUGCAGCAUCAAGCUGUGCACGAAGAAGUGCCUGAGCCACCAAAGGAGGAAGAGCAGACUUACACAGCAGCGCCAGUGGCUGGUAGCGAUAUCCAGGCCAUCGCGCAGUAUGACUACGAAAAGGCCGAGGACAACGAGAUCGAGUUGCGAGAGGGUGAACGCAUCACCAACAUUGAUAUGGUCGACGAGGAUUGGUGGCUCGGCGUCAACUCCAGCGGCGAGGCAGGCCUCUUCCCCAGAAACUAUGUUGAGCUCGUCGAGGGUCAAGGCGCCGCUGAAGCCGCUCCCCCAGCACCCGCUCAGCCCGCCCGCGAAGAACCAGCUGCCCCACCUGCCGCUGCCGCUGAGCAGCACACUGCCACUGCUCUGUACGACUACGAGGCAGCUGAAGAUAACGAGCUUAGCUUCCCGGAAGACGCCAAAAUCACCAAUAUCGAAUUCCCUGAUGAGGACUGGUGGACAGGCGAGUACCAGGGUAAAGUCGGCUUAUUCCCAGCAAACUACGUCCAGCUCGACAGCUAA